CAUCUUUGUUCUCAGGGAGGACACCUCUGUGAACUCUUGGCCUGGGGUCCCACAAGACUCCAGCACCUACAGACGGGUAAACUGCCAGGGAGGAGCCCUCUCUGAGAAUUUCCUGGUGGCGGAAUAUGAUUUUGAUGCUGAAUUAGCUAAAAUUAUCUGUCAUACUGGUUGCCCCAUCUGGGUUCAAGUCAUUUCUUAUAAGGAAGUACGGCAGUGGCCCCCGGUGAGGCUCGAGUACGUUAUUCUGGAAGGUCGCCAUGGAUCCCAGUAGUUUGGUACCACAGGUCUGCUAUCACCUCGAGGGGAGGCUGAGCUGAGCAGGACCUCAUAAACAAAUCACUUGUGAGAGAGGAAAAACCACAUCCAGGGUAAAGCCCCACACUGAGAACAUUAUUUCAGAGCACUUCCUGAAAGAGGCAGAGAGGCUCUCGGCCUAGCAGACAGCCCCGUAUCGCUACUACAUCUCCAGCAGCGUUUCCACAGAGAGCCAGAGCACCGGCUGUGUAACCCGCGCUCUGAGAGCUCUUUGCAGGACCUUGUCACCUCUCAGACAGCCCUCUGACCAGAGGUUAGCAUCAUCCAGCAACUUGGUGUCUCUGCACGCCAUGGGCGCCGGCCUGCUCUAAGAUGACCACCCACAGCGAUCUCGAUCAGUUGGUCCUUUCUAACCGCUCGUACCCAGAUGAAUACAAAAUCGCAGCCCUGGUCUUCUACAGCUGCAUCUUCCUGAUUGGACUGUUUGUGAAUGUCACCGCGCUAUGGGUUUUCAGCUGUACGACCAAGAAAAGAACCACCGUCACCGUCUACAUGAUGAAUGUCGCACUACUGGACUUAAUAUUUAUAUUGAGCCUGCCCUUUCGCAUGUUUUACUAUGCAAAGGGUGAGUGGCCAUUUGGGGAGUAUUUCUGCCACAUCCUUGGGAUCCUGGUGGUGUUUUACCCCGGCCUUGCUCUGUGGCUGCUUGCUUUCAUCAGCGCUGACAGAUACAUGGCCAUAGUGCAGCCAAAAUACGCCAAGGAGCUCAAGAACACCUCCAAGGCUGUGCUCGCCUGUGUGGGGGUCUGGAUAAUGACCCUGACAACCACUGUCCCCCUGAUACUGCUCUACGAAGACCCCGACGAGGCCGCCUCCCCUGCCACCUGCCUGAAGAUCUCCGACAUCGUCCACUUGAAAGCUGUCAACGUGCUCAACUUCACGCGGCUCGUGUUCUUCUUCCUGAUCCCGCUGUUCAUCAUGAUCGGGUGCUACGUGGUGGUCAUUCACAGCCUCCUGCGCGGGCAGACCUCGAGGCUGAAGCCCAAGGUGAAGGAGAAGUCCAUCAGGAUCAUCAUCACGCUGCUGGUGCAGGUGCUGGUCUGCUUCAUGCCCUUCCACGUCUGCUUCGCAUUCCUGAUGCUCCACGGGGAGGGGGACAGCUACAGCCCCUGGGGGGCCUUCGCCACCUUCCUCAUGAACCUCAGCACGUGCCUGGACGUCGUCCUCUACUACAUUGUCUCCAAGCAAUUCCAGGCCCGGGUCAUCAGUGUCAUGCUGUACCGCAAUUACCUCCGGAGCGUGCGCAGGAAAAGCUUCCGGUCCGGCAGCUUGCGGUCGCUUAGCAACAUGAACAGCGAGAUGCUGUGAGUCAGAGUGAAUGGCCUGUCUUUCAUUUCUUCAAGACCCUUUUUAUGCCUGCUUUCGGGUGAACUAGCAUCCUAUAUAUUAUCCAGUCCCUUCUAUGGUUAAAAAAAAAAAAAGAAAUGACAAUAAUAAACUUAGAAAACAUC